CGGCGGAGCUGGAGGCGCACGUCUGCCGCGCCGCCGCGCACGGCCAGAUGUACAUCUGCGACAUCUGCGGCAAGCGCAUCAAGACCAAGGUUUGGCUGAGCCGCCACCGGCUGCUGCACGACGCCACGCGGCCGGCCAAGUGCGACACGUGCGGCCAGGGCUUCAUCGACGACAAGGCCCUGCAGAAGCACGCGCGAACCCACACGGACCCCCACCGCUUCCUCUGCGACAUCUGCGGCAAGGGCUUCGCGCUCAAAGUGACGCUGCAGAUUCACGCGCGCACGCACACGGGCGAGCGGCCGUACGCCUGCGAGACGUGCGGCAAGAGGUUCUCGACGCGCACGCAGCUGUUCCACCACGCCAAGAUCCACAGCGGCGAGAAGCCGUACGUGUGCGCGGUGUGCAGGCGCGGCUUCAGGCAGUCGCACCACCUGAAGACGCACAUGAAGGUGCAUGCCGAGCGGCCGCCGCCGCCGCCGCCGCCCCCGCCGCCGCCGCUCGGGCAGGCGCCGUCGGAGAGCUCGGUGCUGCUGGUGCUGGAGUAGAGCGGGGAACGCUGGCUGCGGCUGGGGCGCGGCUGGUGCUGCGUGUGACAGGAGGGGAGCGGUGCUGGUGCUCUGGCGAAGUGCAGACGA